GUUGCCGGUGCUUUUUUGCGUGUUUAUUUUGGAAGUUCUCAAGUAAAUCUAGAAUCUAGACUAAUAUAGAUCUCGUUAUUAGACUAGACUACUCCAUCUAUUUCUAUAACGAUCCUUACAUCGUUAACAAUGGAAGAGUUUGAUAUAAAAAAACGAGAAACAAUGUAUAGAUUGAUUAUAAGCCAACUGUUCUAUGAUGGCUACAAAGAUGUUGCUGUUGGCCUGGCAGCUAUUAUUCAGCCACACCCAGCAUGUCCCCCCUCAGACAGACUGUUAAAAAUUGUCAAGUUGGGCUUGAAGCAUGAUGAAGAAGAAAAUAAAGAAAAAACAGAACUAGUUGGAGAAAUCGUUCAGCCUGGAUCUGGUAUUGAUUUAGAGUUUGAAACAGAAGUUCAGACAAUCUCUCCAGAAAUAGCUCUCUAUGAAACUUGUUAUGUUACUGCUCACAAAGGUCCAUGUAGAUGUGCUGCUUUUCAUCGCACAGGUCAGCUUAUUGCCACAGGCUCUCAGGAUGCUUCCAUUAAGAUAUUGGAUGUGGAGAGGAUGUUGUCUAAAAGUGCCACACCUGCUGAUGUCAUGGCUCUAGAGACCCCUCAGCAACAGAUGGAAAACCAUCCAGUGAUCAGAACAUUAUAUGACCAUAAUGGGGAAGUCACAUGUUUGGACUUUCACCCAUACGAGUCCAUCCUGGCCUCUGGGAGUGAUGACUUCAGUAUUAGAUUCUUUGAGUAUUCUAAACCUUCGGUCAAGAAAGCUUUCAAGAGUAUUCAGGAAGUAUCAGAGCUGACACAGAUCUCAUUUCACCCAAGUGGAGAAUAUUUACUAGCAGGAACAAGACAUCCAACCAUUCGACUUUAUGAUGUGAACACAUUCCAGUGUUUUGUGGGAAGUAAUCCUCAAGAUCAACACAGUGGAAGAAUUACUGGCUUAAAGUGGAGCCCUAAUGCCAAUCUGUUUGUGUCAAGUUCUGUGGAUGGCAACAUUAAAAUCUGGGAUGGUGUUAGUCAUAAAUGUGUCAAUACUUUUCAUAAAGCUCAUGAUGGAAAGGAAGUUUGUUCAGUUGUUUUCUCUAGAAAUUCUAAGUAUGUAUUAUCCAGUGGUAAAGACAGUCUGGUUAAGGUCUGGGAGCUAUCCACCAACAGAUGUUUGAUUGUCUAUACUGGAGCAGGUGUUACUGGAGCUAUGGAACAUGGAACAGUGGCCUGCUUCAAUCAUACUGAAGACUAUGUUCUGUUCCCUGAUGAGAAGACAACUAGUCUGUGUUGCUGGGAUUCAAGGAAUGCUGAGAGACAAAGAUUGCUCUCCCUUGGUCACAAUGGCGUGGUCCGCUAUCUUGCCCACUCGCCCACCGGUCCAGCCUUUGUGUCCUGUAGCGAUGACUUCAGGGCUAGAUUCUGGUAUAGGAAGGCCACCACUGAUUAAAGGAAAUCAAUGGAGAUUCCAGAAGAGAAAGGUGUACACUUAUGUUUUAUUUGCUGAGCUGUGAGGAGGAGAGAAAGCCAAACAGCCCGAUGGUGUGUGUGUAUGUGAAGAUCUGAUUGUGCAGAGUCUUGUGUUUAUCUAGCUAAUGGCUGUACCCCCCACAGGCAGUCUGUCAGACAAAAGAUUUAUGCAUUAUUCUUAUAAAAUACAGCUUUUUAGUGUGUUGAAGUUGGUCAAUAGAAAAUGUCUUAUUGAUGUUUGAGUGAAAACAUUGCAUUCUGGGUACAAAAUGUCAAUGAAAAGAAUUUCUUUUUAUAUAUUUUUUUUUGUUUCAAUGUUUAAUUGUAAGUUGUUUGUUUUUAAUGGAUUGUAUUUAAAUGCACUAAACAUGUUGAUUGUUAUUAAACAAAAAAUUUAAAAAGA